AUGGGGAGUAUCGGCUUCCCCACCGCUGCCGUGAGCGAGACAAGGCCACCAGCGAAGAACAAGAUCUUCCUUGGCACUUUCAUCCACUCCAAGACUCUCGGCGAACUCGAGUAUCUUCACAAUGCCGCCGUAGCAGUCGACAGUCUCGGCACCAUUGUCGCUGUCUCCCCGGACACCGACAUCGCCAAGGCCAAAAGCACACUCCUCCCCCAGCUGAACUGGCCCUCUGAUGAUACCGACAUGGUUGUCGCCAAAGCCGGCCAGUUCUUUUUCCCCGGCUUCAUCGACACCCACCUCCACGCCUCGCAGUAUCCCAACGUUGGCCUCUUUGGCAGCUCGACCCUCCUGGACUGGUUGAACACUUACACUUUCCCCUUGGAGGCUUCUUUAUCCUCGCUCCCAAAAGCCCAAAAGGUCUACUCCCGUGUCAUCCGCAAGACACUUUCUCACGGCACAACCACUGCGGCGUACUAUGCCACCAUUGACGUCCCCGCCACCAAUCUCCUGGCAGAUUUGUGCCUCUCCUCCGGCCAGCGCGCCCUGAUCGGGAGAGUAUGCAUGGAUCAACUCGGCCCAUCCUACUACCUCGACGAAUCCCCAGCGGAAUCCCUCGCCAAAACAAAGCAGUGCAUCGAUCACGUCUUGUCCAAAGACCCCAAGAUGGAGCUAAUCACCCCCAUCAUCACCCCCCGUUUCGCACCCGCUUGUUCGGCCCCCCUGAUGAAGGAGCUAGGCCAACUAGCAAAAGAAACCGACCUCCCUGUUCAGACGCACAUCAGUGAAAACAAAAACGAGAUAGCCCUCGUGGCGAGUCUCUUCCCAGACGCAGGGGAUAGCUACGCAGAGGUGUACGACACGUUUGGGCUGCUGACGCCAAGAACGAUCCUGGCGCAUGCGGUGCACUUGACAGAAAAAGAAGCGGAUUUGGUCACGGAGAGGAAGAGCAAAGUCAGCCAUUGCCCUUGCUCCAACUCGGCGAUUACCUCUGGAGCGGCGAGGGUGAGGUGGUUGUUGGAUAAGGGGAUCGAGGUUGGGCUGGGGACGGAUAUGAGCGGGGGAUACUCGCCUAGUGUGCUCGAGGCGGCGAGGCAUGCGGUUUUGGUGAGCAGGCAUAUUUGUAUGGAUGAGGGGAAGUCGGAAGAGAGGGAUAAGUUGAGCGUGGAGGAGGUUUUGUACCUGGCUACGAGGGGAGGGGCGAAGGUUGUGGGGAUGGAGGACAAGAUUGGUGGGUUGGAGGUGGGGAUGGAGUGGGAUGCUCAGCUUGUGGGACUUCAUGAGGUGGAUGAAGAGGAGGGGGAGGAGGGAAAUGUCGAUGUGUUUGGAUGGGAGAGUUGGGAGGAGAAGAUUGCGAAAUGGGUGUAUAAUGGUGAUGAUAGGAAUACAAAGAAGGUGUGGGUGAGGGGGAGGUUGGUUCAUGAGAGGAAGUGA